UUGUAUGUUUUUGUUUCUGCCUCUCGAUCGCCUUAUCAAAAUAAUUAAAUUACUCAUCAUUUUCAUGUUGUGCGUAGUGCUACCCUGCUGACCACACUUGUCCUAUUCGGCUUUGGUGCUUCAACAUGGCUUUAAUUAACAUCGACGGGGAUCCUUGGCUGACCGAGCUGGAUGCGUGCGAGAAUCUGAGCAACGAUAUUCAAUCCCAGCUAGCGGCACGCAACAGAGAAAAUCAGCUGUCCCGCGAAUAUGGCGUCCUGUCCGGUACGGUGCGAGUGCGGCUGAAGCAACUCGGCAGUGAGCUGGAUCAGUUAACCCGAAAGCUUGGGCUCAUCUCGAACACACUUACUUCUGGGGAAGCCGAACGAAGGCAGCGCAGAAUAGAAGCCCUACAGUCGAAGCUGAUUCAAUUACAGCGUCAAUUCACGUACGUGGAACCGUCGGCCGCCCGGUCAGCUCUGUUUGAAUCGGGUAGCAACAACCCUGCCCGAAGGACUUUUGCCGAUGAUGAUGAUGAUGAGCCAGCGCUGAUACCAUCGCAAAGCAACUAUACUGUGGCUGAUUUACGCUCCCAGCAGACAAGGAUUCUGGAAGACCAAAAUGAAGGCCUCGAAGCUCUUUCCCAAGUGAUUGCGCGACAAAAGGAGCUAGCAACGAGAAUAGGCGGAGAGGUCGAUCGUCAUAAUGAUAUCUUGGAUGAUUUGGCGCAAACGAUGGAAACGACCGAUGGACGAAUAAAUCGUGAAACGCACCAAAUCGGAACAAUCACCACGCAAAAUUCUACCUGGGGCUAUUGGAUCGUUAUAGGUCUGCUUUUCGUUGCAAUUGUUUUAACCGGUAUUUUCUGAGGCGUAUGAGGCUCUUUGUGUACACAUUUAUAUAACCGCAACUGCAGUUGUUAUAUCUCUUAUCUAGCGUUUAUCUCUGCCCCAGUCAAUCCAUGCAACAAAGUGUAAUCUAAUGGCAAGGCACGAGUAUAACUAUUGAUUACACUCCAUAUCGCAAUCUAUUUUAACUAUUACUGUACUAUACGUGAAUAAUAAAAGAAACU